AUGUCAUUAGUAUCAUCAUCAUCAAAUAUGGUUUAUGGUGAUAGACAAUUAUCAUCUUCAUAUAAUAGAAAAAAAGUAAUGACAUUGCCACGAAUUGAACAUCCAUCAAAAAUGAUAAAUGAAGAAGAUAAAAAUUCAUUAGAUAUUCGUGGAAGAUCAAGAGAUGGUCAUGGAAAUGGAAAAUUAAUAAGAAGUGAAACAUCAACACCAGAAUCUCGAUAUAAUCGUCGAAGAUCAUCUUCAUUUAAACAUAGUUCGAAUUCUUCAAUUUAUUCUCAAGAAUUAAAACAAAAAUCAGAUCAAUAUGAUAGUCAAUAUCGACAAGAUCGAGACAAAGUUCGUUUACCAAUAUUUGGUCAUAGAGCCGAAAGUCGAAUAUCAUCAUCAUCAUCAUCAUCAUCAUCAUCAUCACCACCAUAUGGUAUUGAAAAUGGUCAAAUAACUCCUCGAACAUCACGUAUUAUUAUUGAUGAACUUGAAACAACAUUAAGAGAAAAAGUUCGUUCACAAAUUCAUGAUGUUCGAGCGAAAUUUCGUCAUGUUUCUGAUAUUGAUUCAAAUGGAAAAAUCUCUCGACAAGCAUUACGACAUAUUAUUGCUUCAAUAUUUGGUAGUCAACGACAAAUAGGACCUAAUCAAAUAGACAAAUUAUUAGAACGUCUUCAUUUAAAACAUUUAAAUAAAAUAAGUCUUGAUGAAUUUCUUAAUUCAUUAUUUAAUGUUGAAGAAGAAUUACCCAGUUGGUUAUCUCAUCAAUCCUCAAUAACACCUCAAGAAUUUCUAACUAAACGAACAGCUGCACAAAUGUUUAUUAUUCUUAAAGAUAAAAUUCGUACUAAACAUAAAGAUUUAGUUAGUUUAUGUCCAUCAAUAGAUGGUGGUCCAUCUUCAAGAAUAUUUAAAGCACAAUUUCAUAAUACACUUAUUGAUAUGGGUUAUAGAAUGAAAGAUAAAGAAUUUGAUAAAUUAUGGGAUAAAUUUGAUACAGAUGGUUUUCAUGCAAUUGAUUCGGAGAAAUUUCUAAAACGUUUAACUAAUGAUGAAUAUAUUAAUGAAACUCCAUCAAAUCGAACAAGUGAAUCACAAGAUCAACAAACAGCUAUUUUAAAAGUAAAAAAUAAUUAUUAUUCUCCUUCUUCUUCUUCUUCGAAUUAUCAUUCACAAGUUAAAACACCUAACAUACAUGGUUGUCAUUCUCAAUUGGAUGAUUAUCAAAUCGAUAAAUGGCUAAAUCAUAAAUUUCCUCAAGGUUUUUCUGAUCUUGAAAAAUCACUUGAACAAUUAGAUAGAAAACAAGUUGGAACGUUAACACGUCAUGAAUUUAUUGAAGAAUUAAAACGUUUUGGAUUAAUAUUGGAAGGAUAUAUUCUGGAUUUUUUAUUAAAACGUUUUAAUAUUGAUUUAAAAUUAACAAAUGGAUUAAUUCCUUAUCAUGAUGUUAUUCAAGCUUUUAAACAACGAACUCAUACAACAAAUAAACGAAUUUAUUCAGAAAAUAAAUCAUCAAAACAAGAAUAUAAUAAAAGAUCAUUAGAAGGACAAGUUAAAUAUUUAUUAUAUUUAAAUAAUGAAAAAGUAAAAGAUGAAUUAAAACGAUUAGAUAAAAAUGAUAAUGGUACUAUUUCAAAAAGUGAUAUGAAAUCAUUUAUUGAAGAUUUACUUCAAUUUCCAUUAAGUCCUGAUGAAUAUUAUCAUUUAUAUAAACAAUUUCCAAUUGAUCAAUAUGGAUUUAUAAUAUAUAACGAUUAUUUAAAACAAAUUAUGGAUGAUAGAAAACUGAACCAACAAGAACAAGAACAAGAAUACGAAUAUGAAAAUGAAUAUGAACAAGAAAAAGAAGAAAAAUCAAUUGUAAUUCCUCAAUGGGAUUAUAUGAGAUCAAAAAAUAUUCGUGAAAGUCUUGAUCAAGAACAUAUUAAAAAUAAAAAACGUGAAAAACAAUAUCAUUUUAAUGAAAAUAAUCAAGAAAAAACAAGAUCAAUUGAAGAGCUUCGUCAAAUAGUUAAAACAGUUAUUAGAAAUCGUUAUAAAUAUAUUGAAGAUGAAUUUAAAAAACUUGAUCGAUCUUCUUAUGGAGAAUUAACACAAGAUAUUUUAUAUGAUUUAUUUAAACGUCUUGAUAUUAAACCUGAAAUAAAACGUUCAGAAAUAAUUUUACUUUGGUCUCGAUGUCAUUUAAAAGAAAAUGGAAAUUUAGAUUUUUAUCAAUUUUUACGUGAAUUUGGUUAUACAAAACGUUCAGCACAUUAUCCAAAUGCAAAACAAAAUCCACCAAAACGAGGUGAUGCCGAUUUUUUAUUAACAUCAAGAAAAUUAUAUGGAGAUUCAGUUCUUGUUCAUGGUACUGCACUUAAUGCUAUUCGUUCAAAUUGGGAUCAAUUACGAAAAGAAUUUACUCAAUUAGAUCCAUAUAGAACUGGUUAUAUUCAAUCAGAGGAAUUUGAUGAGAUUUUAACUGAACUUUGUCCUCAAGUUAAUCAAGAAGAUCUUGAUAUGAUUAAAUUUAAAUUUCAAACAAAACAUGAUUCAAGAAUGAAUUAUGUACAAUUUUUAAAACAUCAUGCUCCAAUAAAUGAAUUAAUUGAUGAAAUUGAUAAUCCAACAAGAAGUAAAUUAUCAACGAUAAAUGAUAAUUCUCCUCGUAUUUCAUCAAAUCAAUCAAUUAAUAAUCAACUUGAUUAUAAACUUCGACGAACGUUAUCUGAUUCAUAUAAACAAUUACGUCGAUCAUUUAAACAAGAAGAUAUUAAAAAUAGUGGAUCAAUUCCAAUAAUGAUUUUUAAAAAUAUUCUAAAUGAAUAUAAAUGUCAUUUAAAUGAUGAAGAAUUUUAUCAAUUAGCAUCACAACUUGAUACUAAAAUGGAUGGAACUAUUAAUUAUAAUUAUUUUAUGCAACAAUAUCUCAAAAACACUUAA